AUGGGCGGCGCUGGCCAGGGGCAGUGCCCCUCCCCUGGUGCUCCCGGCUUCCGAGAUUACCGCCACAGCGUGGCGCUGAAGAACGUGAAGCUGGGCUACACGCUGCUGUGCCGCCACGCCCUCACGCUGCUGCUGGUGCCCGUCGCCGCCUUCCUGUCGCUGGAGCUGCUGGAGAUCCAUGGCAAGGGGGACCUGCACCGGUUCUGGAGUGCCGCGUCGCAGACCGAUCUCCAGUUCAACCUGGUGACCUUUGCAGGUUGCUCCCUACUCCUGGUGCUGGUGGCAGUUAGCUAUGUGCUUCUGCAGAGCAGACCUGUGUACCUUAUGGAUUUUGCACUCCACAAGCCUCCUGACAGUCUGAAGGUCACCCACCAGUUCUGUGUGGAAGGGUCCAAAUCUUGUGGGGCAUUCACUGAGCAGAGCCUGGAAUUUCAAGAGAAGAUCCUCAGAAAGUCUGGCCUUGGCGAUGAGACAUACCUGCCUCCAGCGAUCAUAUCCAGGCCCACCAACAUAUGCAUGCAGUCUGCAAGGGAGGAGGCGAUGGAUGUGAUGUUCACCACCAUCGACGACUUGUUGAAGCGGACAGGCGUCAAGCCCAGGGACAUCGACGUGCUGGUCGUGAACUGCUCCCUCUUCAACCCGACCCCCUCCCUGUCGGCCAUGAUCGUCAACCGCUUCAAGAUGCGCUCGAACGUCAUCUCCUACAACCUGGCAGGCAUGGGCUGCUCGGCGGGUCUCAUUGCCAUCGACCUGGCGCGCCAGGUGCUCCAAGUCACGCCCUCGUCACGGGCCCUCGUCUUCUCCACCGAGAACAUCACACAAAACUGGUACUUCGGCAACGAGCGGUCGAUGCUGAUCCCCAACUGCCUCUUCCGCGUGGGCGGCGCCGCUGUGCUCCUUUCCAACCGCCGUCGCGACUAUUGGUCGUCUCGCUACGAGCUGAAGCACGUGGUGCGCACGCAUUUGGGCGCCAACGAUGCCGCUUACGGGUGCGUGUACCAGAUGGAGGACAAGGACAAGCAGCUGGGGGUGCGGCUGUCGAAGGAGCUCAUGGCUGUGGCGGGAGAGGCGCUCAAAGCCAACAUCACGACCCUGGGGCCCCUGGUCCUGCCCGUCUCGGAGCAGAUCCUCUUCAUCGUCAACUUCAUCGCGCGCAAGGUCCUCAAGUACAAGGUCAAGCCCUACAUCCCCGACUUCAAGCUGGCCUUCCAGCACUUCUGCAUCCACACGGGCGGGCGGGGUGUGCUGGACGAGAUGGAGCGCCAGCUGCUGCUCACGGGCAGCCUCAUGAAGCCCAGCAGGGACACGCUGGAGCGGUACGGCAACACGUCCAGCUCAUCGAUCUGGUACGUGCUGGGGAACAUAGAGCACGUCUACGGCGUGGCGAGGGGGGACAGGGUUUGGCAGAUCGCCUUUGGGAGCGGCUUCAAGUGCAACAGCGCUGUGUGGGUGGCAACGAGGAGCACGAAGCGGGCACAUGCUGCGUGGACAUGA